AAAUAUCUCUGUGGAAGAAAAAAAGUGAAGAAUUUUUCUUCCUGAAAGGGGAAGUGGUUUUUCUGUCCUGCAGCGGUGAGACGAUGACGGUGAUGAUGAUGAUCAUGGUGAUGAUGACCAUGAUGAUGAUGAUGAGGGUCUCCUCCAAGGACCAGGGAUCUCCUUAGAAGAAAGACCUGACUUGGGUGAUGUUGAUGCUGACAAGGCGUCCUGGACAAGUUCCCUGAGAAGAAUCUCGAGCAAAUCUUUGAGAAGACCCCUUGACCAUCCCCACCUCCCAGCCUUUCCUGGAGACGUGGACCUCGGGGAUCAUGUGAAGCGCUCCUUGUGUUUCUUUCCUGUGUUUUUGGGAAGUAUCUGUUGGGGAAAAGAUGGCGAGCUUUGUGAUGAGCGCAUCUUUCGCCCUGCUUCUCCUCGCCUUCCUCAUGACCACGUUCCCAGCCAUCAACACACAGUCCGUGGACCAAGAAGAAGAAUAUGAAAGUUCUUGCCAAGGGGUUUUCGAUCUCUACUUUGUCCUCGACAAAUCCGGAAGUGUCAAGAACCACUGGAUUGAGAUCUAUUCCUUUGUUCAACUCCUAACGGAAAAAUUCACCAGUCCACUGUUGAGGAUGUCCUUCAUUGUAUUCUCGUCUCGGGGAACGACUUUAAUGAAACUAACAGAAAACAGAGAUGAUAUAAGAAAAGGCCUAAACAUUUUACGGAGGGAAAUUCCUGGUGGAGACACACUCAUGAAUUUGGGUUUGGAAAGGGCAAAUGAACAGAUAGAACGUGAAAAAUAUGGGACGGCGAGUGUCAUCAUCGCUCUGACCGAUGGGGAGCUGAGCGAACAUCAGCUCAUCGAUGCCCGCAAGGAGGCGGAGAAAGCACGGUCCCUUGGUGCGAUUGUCUAUUGCGUUGGGGUGAAAGACUUCAACGAGACACAGCUGGCCACGAUAGCGGACACCCUCGACCACGUGUUUCCUGUGGUGGGAGGAUUUCAAGCCCUCAGAGGAAUGAUCGACUCGAUUAUCAAGAAAUCGUGCAUUGAGAUCUUAGCUGCAGAGCCGUCUAGCGUUUGUGCUGGAGAGUCAUUUCAAGUUGUGCUGAAAGGAAACGGCUUCUCGCAUGCCAGAAAUGUCGACCAGGUUCUGUGCAGCUUCAAGAUCAAUGACACGGUCAUGAUCAAUGAAAAACCAGCAGAUAUAAAAGACACAUAUUUGUUGUGUCCAGCGCCCAUCAUCCAUGAAGUUGGGAAGGAGGUGUACCUGCAAGUGAGCAUGAACAAUGGACUUUCGUUCAUCACCAGCUCAGUACACAUCACUACCACAGAGUGUUUUGAUGGAACCAUCCUCCUGAUCACAUUGUUGGUCCUCUUCUUGCUGUUAGUCUUGCUGUUCCUCUGGUGGUUCUGGCCUCUGUGUUGCACUGUGGUCAUCAAGGAGCCCCCUCCACCUCCACCCCCAGAGCCAGAGUCUGAUGAUGAGGAUGGUUUACCGAAAAAGAAGUGGCCAACUGUGGAUGCAUCAUAUUAUGGCGGCAGAGGAGUUGGGGGCAUUAAAAGAAUGGAGGUGCGUUGGGGAGGGAAGGGCUCAACCGAGGAGGGAGCCAAGCUGGAGAAGCCCAAGAAUGCUGUUGUUAAAAUGCCGGAGCAAGAGUAUGAGCCCUUUGAGCCCAAGCCCAAGAAGCAGAGUGGCAAGAAACCCACUAGGGAAAGGAAGUGGUACACACCCAUCCAGGGUAAACUAGAUGCUCUGUGGGCUCUCUUCCGACGAGGUUAUGACCAGGUAUCACUCAUGAGACCACAGCCUGGAGAUCAGGGACGAUGUAUCAACUUCACUCGGGUAAAAGAGGAGGCAGCAGGAGCCCCACCUCGCACCCACAGCUCCCCACCCCCACCGGACUACCGGCCCAUAGUACAGGAGACCGCUCCACCUUCGGUCAGCGUUCCGCCCUACCGAUGCAGUCCCCCAAGCCAGCUGCCGCCUGGCCCUCCGCCGGCCCGGGCUCCUCCUGGCCCCCAUGGCCCACACGGACCCCCUCCUUCGCGCCCGCCGCCCUGCCCUGAGAGCAAGCCGUGAGACUAGCGAAGGACCCCACUCCACAGUGCAUCGUAAGCUUUCCAAAAUCUCUCCUGACCACAAUGUAAAGUAUCUUUUCAGGGCUGGGGUUCCACUAAACGUGUGGUUUGUUGCUGGACAGCAAAAAAGGGAAAAGAAAAAAAAAAAAUGCCAUUUAAAUAAAAAUAACUACUGAGAAUCCAAGAAAAUGUUACAGUCCAGAUAACAGUAGAUCGUGAUUCCCGUUUGCAGACGGAGGAUUAUUUUCAGCGUGUCCUUUGUCGUAGAGCGAAGCUUUUC